CUGUGGCUGCUGCGGUGGCUCCUGGGCCGUUGGGGCCGGGAAGUGGCGCGGUGACAGGUACCGCGGAGAGAGCUCUGGUGGCGACGAUGGCGGAGGGGUCCGAGGAGGCCCGAGGCCGCCCUCCGGGACAGGAAGACGGUAGAGGAGAUCACGAGCCCAUCCCGUCCCGGCCAGAGCCCCCCGCGGCCCCUUGCCCCCAGGAGGGGUCGCAAGCCGAACCCCAGGCCCGGGAUCGGCCCCCAUCCCCGGGUCCCGCGCCCGCCUCGGAGGAGGCGGAGCCGCCGCGGGAGCCGCGCAAGCGGAGGGAAGGGGCCUCGGCCUCGAACGCGGGGCCGCGGGAGCCCGCCGGCUGCGAGGUCCCCGAAGCCGCCGCAGCGCCGCGGGACCGGCCCGCGCGGCUCAGCGCCCGCGAGUACUCACGGCAGGUGCACGAGUGGCUAUGGCAGUCCUACUGCGGCUACCUGACCUGGCACAGCGGCCUGGCCGCCUUCCCCGCCUACGGCAGCCCCCCGCCGGGCCCGCCCGGCUCCCCCGCGGCCGGCGCGCCCGCGCCCGCGCCGCCGCCGCCCGCCUCGCAGCUGGCCUAUUACAACCCCUUCUACUUUCUGAGUGCCGGGGUGGCGGCGCCCGAUCCGGGGGCGGCCGCCGGCAUCAGCGCCCCGGCCGCGAUCGCCGGCCUGGGUCCCCGAGUCCCUCACGUGCAGGCGUCGGCCCGGGCAACCCCAGCGACCCGAGGGGGAACCGCCGCCCCUUCGCGGACGACGACCGAGACCGGACGGCAGGCAGGCAGAGAGUAUGUUAUUCCAUCCUUGGCUCACAGAUUUAUGGCAGAGAUGGUGGAUUUCUUCAUUCUCUUCUUUAUAAAAGCAACAAUUGUCUUAAGUAUUAUGCACCUCAGUGGAAUAAAGGAUAUCUCUAAGUUUGCUAUGCAUUAUAUAAUAGAAGAAAUAGAUGAAGACACAUCAAUGGAAGACUUGCAGAAAAUGAUGAUUGUGGCACUUAUAUACAGAUUAUUGGUUUGUUUCUAUGAGAUUAUUUGUAUUUGGGGAGCUGGUGGAGCUACUCCAGGAAAGUUUCUGCUAGGGCUUCGAGUUGUGACAUGUGAUACAUCAGUGCUUAUUGCUCCAAGUCGGGUUCUAGUCAUCCCUUCCUCAAAUGUUAGCAUUACAACGUCCACCAUACGAGCUUUGAUCAAGAAUUUUUCUAUUGCUUCUUUUUUCCCUGCUUUCAUCACUCUGCUGUUUUUUCAGCAUAAUCGAACAGCCUAUGACAUUGUAGCAGGAACCAUUGUAGUAAAAAGAAAUGGGGUCAGAUGAUGCCCUUCCAGAACACUAAAUUCCACACUGGAAUAAUGACAAGACUAAAUUAUGUAUCAAGGCCUUCAGUAUCCCUGGGUUACAUUAAUUGAAUUAGAAAUUAAAUCAGUCACUCCACUUGCUGGAAGUGACUAUUCUGAAAGUAUUGAUUUUACUUGAAUGCCAAAGAACUUUUCCAGGAGAAAAACCUUAAACAUUAGUGUUUAAAAACAAAAAGGAAAUAUUUAGGUAAAAAAGAAGGCAAAUUCUUUCAUAAUCAAAAUCGGCAAUAUUUCUUCAGAUCUAAUAUUCAGCUUUGAAAUCUCCAAUGAAACUUUAAAAAACUGUAUUUUGGUUUAUCCCAAAAUGAUGGAAAAUGUCCAGUUGUGUUUUGUAAACACUUGAUUAGUUCAUCUUUAAUUCUUGUGGGAUGGGAGGAACACCCAUCCCAGGUGCUGGGAGCUGCGAAGGAGUAUGGCAAGCCCAGCAGUUCCUUUGCCUAGGACUUCCCAGCAUGCACUGCAGUUCACCAGAACAGAGGUGUCACUUUACAACUUAAUGCUUGUACUUAUUUCCAAGUGAUGAAAAAGUAUUGUCAUAAUGCUAUAUUAUCAUUGAUGUAUUAAAGGAAAGGUAAAUUAGUGGUUGCUUUUAAUGGGUAGGGAGAGUAUGAGUAAAUUUUUACUGUAAAUUUAACUUAAAUUCAUGUGCAGGUAUCCUCAGAGCCCUAAAAUCAUACUAUAUAUGGGGGAAACUUCCAUCAAACUUGCACAUUUACUGUAAAACAACAUUCCCAGUGUGUGCAGCAUGGAUAAAGUAUUAGUGUUUUUCAGUGUUCUGAAUAUGUAACUUCUUAUAUAUACAACAUAUUCACACGUAAUUACUUUUGUAUUUUAUACAGUUCAAUAACUGUUGACAUCAAAGUAUUUUGUGAGUAACUCUAAAAUAGUAGUAACCUGUGAAAUAUUAGUAAUUAUCCCAUUAUGACCCAUUCUUUCUAAAGCAAGAGAGAAUAUCAUUUCCAGAAAUUAACGCUAACUGCUUUAUGCUCAUUUCAGACUACUAGGAAUAGUUUGGGGAAAAUGCUAAGCAAUGUGUCACUUUACUUGAAGCAAAAUGUAUAGGUGUUUUUGCAGUAUGUUCCAGGUAGCUGUGUUGAAAUGUACCUGCACUAUUUAUUGUUGUAUUUUAUUCUGUCAUUUUCCCCAACUGUGAUAUUUACCCCAGAACACUAAGCUGUAUUACACAGUUCAGAAUUAGAUUGCUUAAACUUUUGUUUCUGUUCUUAAUAACAAAUGCAAUAUAUGUGUUACCACUGUAUCAGUUUCUAAUGUGGGGUUUUAACAUUUAAAAAUAUUUUGUUUAUAGAAACCUAAUGAUGUUCUUAUCAUUGGAAAAUCUUAUAAACCAUGCCUGUCAAAAUUGUUUUUGUUAAACCUAACUUCACAGCCUUUGGCUAAGUGUGAAAUAGAUCAUUUCUUGUAGCUUGUGGGAAAUAAAAAAAGUCAUCUUUUAAUCAUACUAUAAGUUGGGAAAUUUUAUGUAAACUCUGGGUAUACACAUCUGCCUCAGACUGAGUAAUACAAAUUGAAAUGUCCGUAAGUCAUGUAGCCUUGAGAUUCACUAACUACUGUUGUCAUCUAGACUGUUUUUUUAGUACAGUAAAAAAGGAAAUUAGUUUAAUGUAAGUUAAAAUACUUCAAUUUGCUAUGAUGAGUCACUCAGAUUAAUAGCUGUGAACUUGUUAUAGAGCCCUGUAUUUUCUUUGCACAUAGAACAAAAUCUAAAACCUAUUAUAAAUUCAGAGGUUACAGAAAAAGACGUUAACUUUGGGGGGGGGGUAGGGUGGGGAAAGAACAUAACUUUAGCAUUCCUUUUCUCUUGGGCUGAGUGCCCUCAGAACACUUUUUUUCUGUCAGUAUACUGUACUGAUUUUCUGUAUGUUGAAUUGGCACUCUACCCCAAAAAGGUAAUAGGAAGUUGUAUCCAUAGUACAAACAUCAUUCAUCAUUUCAAAAAACAAAUUAGUAAGAUAAUCUUUAAAAACUUAGAAUUCAAGCCAAAUGAAAAAAUCCCAGUUAACAUACUCUAGCUCUGGACUGUUUUAAAAGAACUAUUGCCGUUAUCUACUCUGUUGUUCAGCCUAAAAACUGACAGGUGAUUAAUACAACCCGAAAAAUCUCAGUACCCACAGUGGAUAGGGUUCAAUGUUAGAGUUGGAAUCUGAUCAGAUGUGUGAUGACAAGCCUUGCUUUUAGACUGCUGUGACCAUAGAAUGCAAGCCAACACAUUUGGAUAGUAAACCUGAACUUUCCACUAUUACAAAAGUAUUGAUUUGCCAGAGUCACUUUGUUUACAGUAAAAAAUGAGUCUUCAGUGUUUUUAAGGUCUUUAUAUAGUAAAAUUCCAUUUAUACUUUCAUAGAGGAAUUUGCUUGGGUGGAAAGGAUGGUAGAAAGGAGUUUAAAAAUUUACACCUGCUGGUGGAAUAAAAGUCUUUUGGGGGUGUGGAGAGGAGGGAGUACUAAAUUUGUUCUGUCCCUAUUAAAACAGGCUAUGGGCCUAGGUAACAAGCACUUCUAAAAUCUGAGAAAUACUAUUUCAAAUAUUUGUCAUUCCCAAUCCCUAGUACCGAAGGCCAAGGUCUUUUACAUGUGCUUUCAAACAAUAUGUACAUAUUUCCUUGCAAUUCAGUGUUUCAGGGCUUCACCUAAUAGCCCAACUAUCAAUAUAACUUGGCAUUCUAUUUUUAGUAUGUCACCAAUUUGUAUUGUAUCCUCAAAUAAAUACUUUGAGUCACCAA